UGCAUUCAGAAUCGAUUAAUGCAGUCUUAAAUUUCACAUCGUACACUUAGGUUGUUCAAAAUGAGCUCAUCAUUUCUUUCGCGCCACGGAUUACUGGACAUACCAGAUCCAGCUUUGAGUCGUUUUCCUCUUCUCAAUUCGCAUUGGAGCACUACCAUAAUUCUUGUGUCAUAUCUGAUAAUUGUGUUGAAACUUGGACGAAAGUUUAUGGAACAUCGGAAUCCCUACAAUCUAAAGAAAAUCCUGAUCGUCUACAACAGCAUUCAAGUGAUAUAUAAUGCCAUUUUAUUUGGCUAUGCUGUAUAUUACAUACUUAUCAAUUCGCCAUACGACAGACGUUGCCUGGUAUCUCUUCCGUAUGAUCAUCCCGAGAAGCAAACCGAACGCCUUCUUACUUAUGCGUAUUAUAUUAACAAGUUACUGGAUCUCUGUGACACAAUCUUCUUUAUUCUCCGCAAGAGUUACAAACAAAUUACCACGCUGCACGUUUAUCAUCAUGUGAUGAUGCCCUUCUUCGUUUAUUGGACCAUACGAUUGCAUGGAUUUGGUGGACAGUAUUCGGUGAUGGGUUUCUUAAACACUUUUGUGCAUAUGGUCAUGUACUCUUACUAUCUUAUCUCAGCCAUGAAUCCGGGCAUUAAGAGCAGCCUGUGGUGGAAGAAGUAUAUUACGAAAUUGCAGAUGCUGCAGUUUAUUCUUUGUCUUUUGCAAUCGCUUUAUAUACUAUUGUUUUAUCCUGCCUGCAAAGUUCCACUCGUCAUGCAAUACUUGCAGCUUUUCGUGGCAACUACGAUGAUUCUGAUGUUCAGUAACUUUUAUUACCAUUGUUAUAUGAAGCCAAAACCUCAGAAGGUUGUGAAGCAGGAAUAA